ACAAGGUCUCGCUCAACCCAUGUCCUGUAUUGAGGAAGUUCUAUUCUAUCAACUACUUGUUCUAACUUUGUGACUGCUGCCUGAAUGUAUUGUCGUUCUUGUUAUUGAAUAAUAGAGAGAGAGAGAGAGAGAGAGACGAGGAUCAAUGGCAACAACGUCUUCGCAAGCGCAGGGUUAUCAUCAACCUUCAACUAUCGAAGAAGUUCGAACCCUUUGGAUUGGGGAUUUACAGUAUUGGGUCGACGAAAACUAUCUCAGUCACUGUUUCGCUCACACAGGCGAGGUCGUUUCGAUCAAAAUCAUACGCAACAAGAUGACAGGGCAACCAGAGGGUUAUGGUUUUGUUGAAUUCGUAUCGCACGGUGCAGCGGAAAGGGUUCUUCAGAGUUACAACGGAACACAGAUGCCUGGAACUGAACAAACUUUCAGGCUUAAUUGGGCUUCUUUCGGUAUCGGUGAACGCAGGCCCGAUGCGGGCCCAGAACACUCGAUCUUCGUUGGUGAUCUUGCUCCUGACGUCACCGAUUAUCUCCUUCAGGAGACUUUUCGGGCCCAUUACCCUUCCGUUAGAGGUGCUAAGGUUGUUACUGAUCCUAACACGGGCCGUUCCAAGGGUUAUGGCUUUGUUAAAUUCUCUGAUGAGAAUGAAAGGAAUCGCGCCAUGACUGAGAUGAACGGUGUUUAUUGCUCCACUAGACCCAUGCGUAUCAGUGCUGCUACACCUAAGAAAACCACUGUUUUUCAACACCAAUAUGCUGCUGCACCUGCUCCUGCACCUGCACCUGCACCUGCUGCACCUAAAGCGAUAUAUCCAAUUCCGGCGUAUACUACACCGGUGAAUACAGUUGCACCAGAUUAUGAUUCAAAUAACACUACCAUUUUUGUUGGUAAUUUGGAUCUUAAUGUCUCGGAGGAGGAGCUGAAGCAAACCUUUCUGCAAUUUGGAGAAAUUGUCUCUGUCAAAAUUCAGGCUGGGAAAGGAUGUGGUUUUGUUCAAUUUGGGACUAGAGCAUCUGCUGAAGAAGCCAUUCAGAAAAUGCAAGGAAAGAUUAUAGGUCAACAAGUGAUCAGAGUUUCUUGGGGUAGGACCCUAACUGCUAGACAGGACUUACCUGGUGGCUGGGGACAGAUGGAUCCAAGUCAAUGGAGUGCCUAUUAUGGGUAUGGACAGGGUUAUGAAGCCUAUGCUUAUGGGGCUACUCAAGAUCCUUCUUUGUAUGCAUAUGGGGCAUAUGCUGGCUAUGCACAAUACCCCCAACAGGUUGAAGGGGCUCAAGACAUGUCAGCUAUGUCUAUGCCUACCAUGGAACAAAGGGAGGAGUUGUAUGAUCCCCUGGCAAUGCCUGAUGUUGAUAAGUUAAAUGCUGCAUAUCUCUCAGUACACGGAAGUGCCAUUUUAGGGCGGUCCCUCUGGCACAAAAACUAUUCGGCAUCCUUGCAGCAAGCUUAGGAUCUAUUUGUACUGCCCGAUCAAUUAUGGGCAUUAUAUUUCAAAAUAUUCUGUAACUGCAACUAUAAAUUAUGUCGGCUUAGGUUUAAAUUGCUGUAACAUAUUUGAGUCGAUCCCAAUGGUUUUUCCUUCAACACGGUUGGGUGGUGUUAAGAUAUGGAAAUUAGCAUAUCAGUAGACAGUAGUUUUUGAUCAAAUCGAUCCCAUUGGUUGUCUUUUGAUUUUGAACAUUUGAAAAAUGUUAUCAAUAAUGUUUGCGAAGUAUAACCUUGAUUAUGAGAAGUUGAAUUUAA